AUUUUUUUAAUAAAAAUGAAUUUAAAUAUUUGAAUUAAUAAAUUAAGGCAAAAGAGAAAAAAAAAUUAUUGAAAGAAAGAAAAAGAAAAGGAAAAAAAAAUACAAAUUUUCUUAUAUCUUGUGAUGCUGUAAAUUGAUUGUCAGAAGGAAGGAUACGUAUUGCAAGGAUUAUAAGAAUAUAUAGAUGAGAACUUUUUUUUUCUUUUCUUGAAAAUAAAUAUUUUUUUUUUAAAGAAUUUUAUAUUGAUUUCAAAAUAUUAAUUUAAUUAAUAAAUGAAAACUAUAAUUAUAUUUUUUAAAAAAAAAUUUCAUUUUAAUAAAACUAUCAUAAAUAUUAUAGUAAAUCAACAAGAAGAAAAAAUUCUUAAAACCAAAAUGAGAUGAGUCCUAUAAGUAUGCAAUUUAAUUUUAAUGUGCUCAGUUUAAUUAGAAUUUAUUAUAAUAAUAACUUUAAAAAAUGUGUAGUUUAAUAAUGUAGUAAAACAAAUUUAUUUAAAUAAAAAAUAUUAUUAUUAUUUAUAUAUAUAUAUAUUAGUGAUUAUGAUUAUUAGGAAUUUAGAAAACAAAAAUACAUAUAUUAGGAAAUUAUAGUUUAUAAAAAAAAAAAUUGAAAAAAGAAAAUAUGCAAACUAGAACAACGCUCAAUACAUCUCAAACAUCUUCUUCAGCAACAUCUAAGGUUGUCGAAUUGAAUGGCUAUGUUAUUAUAUUGGUACAAGGUAAAGAUGGUAAAAUUAAAUUGUAUGGAUCACCAGCUGAGAAGGAUAAUCUUGAAGUUGCCGAUGAAAUUUUGGAUAUUAAUGAAAGAAAAUUAGAAGAUUUACCAAGAGCGGAAGUAAUAAGACACAUACAUGAGUGUAUACAAUCAUGUAUGAUAAAAUUACGAGUAAAACGAAGAAGUGAUUCCAAAUUAGCUGGUGAACUUGGUAGUGUAGUUCAAGAUGCUUUCGUUAUUGCAGUUGAACAACAAGCUCGCGAAAGAUUACAACGAUUAUCAGCUUUAAAACGUGUAACGCCAGUUGAUAUGACUUUACUUUCUAUUAAAUUAAACCAACAAAGUUCUGGAGAAGCAGGCGCAAAAGCUUCUAGUGAUUUUAGUUUCUUAAAAGAUGUAUCACCAAUUUAUAUGGCAUCAUUCGAACGCACACAUUUAAAUGCUAGUAAUCCAACGGUAGCUAUAGCGCCAGCAGUAUCAUUAGCAGCAACAACAUUAUCUUCAGCUACAAUUCCAACUGAAGAGGCUAAAGUGCCUGAUCAACAACCAAAGACAUUAACAGUUGAACCACAACAACAGCAACUACAACAACAGCAACAGCAGCAACAACAACCAACAAAUACAGAAACAAUAUCAACGUCAGCGUUAACACAAAAUGAUCAUAAUGAUAACAAUAAUCAAGUUGCAAAUAAAAAUAAUUGUAAAACCGAAAUUCCAACUAUAGAAAAAACUACUUUGAAUACACAAAUUAGUAUUCAACAACCACAACAAAAUAAUUUUCAAACAUCAUCUUCAUCGUCAUUAUCUAGAAAAAAUUCAAGUAAUUUACCACAACCACAAGUAAAUAAUUUACAAAAACCUUGUAUUAAACAACAGCAACAUCAAGAAAUUGAUAGCGUAUCAAAUUUUCAAAAUAAUUUUAAAGAUGAAACAACGACAAUUAGAUCAUGUAGUAGUACAAAGAGUUCUUUCAAAGAAAACCAAUCUAUUCCAAUUGAUAUAAGUGCAACCGAUUCUUCUAUACAUUUAGCUCAACAAAGAAGUUUUAAAAGAUCUAGUAGUAAUGAACCAAAUGGUAUACAAAAGAAACCAUUGCAAUAUAAUCUUUCACAGCCCCACCAACCUCCAUCUUCAAUUGCAAACACUUCUAUACAACAACAACAACAGCAAAACAAUAAAAUCGCUGUAGGCAAUAAAGACUAUAGUACUUUGGUUUACAAUUCAACGGCAAUUUUGCACAAUUUAAAUAAUAUUCGUUUGAGUAAUGGCAGUACCAGUAAUGGUAAACCUGAUAAAUGUUAUAAUUGCAUGCAAAACAAUAUAUACAAUAAUACUAUUAAUGCGACUACGGAAUUUCAACCUGAUAAAAAUUUAAAUUUAGAAUGCAGCUGUGAUUUGAUGCUAAAUAACAGACAACAGUCAGGGAAUUUAGAAAGUAACAUAGAUGGUAAAAUGAUUAUGGAUCAUCAAAGUGUUAUUCCUAAAUAUCAACCGUACAGAAUGAAAAUGGGCCCUACUUCAAAUUUAGUUCUUCCUACUGAUGAUAAUUUAUAUGCUAAUGAAAGUGGAUUUGUCAAAUUGACUGCUGCUGCUGAGGUAUUAAAGAGUCAAUUGAAUAAGAGAAGAUUAACAGUGUUAUCCGAUCGAGUGUUUACAGCUUUAAGUUUACUAUCAGAGCCUUCGAUAUCAGAAGCCUUUCAUGUAAGAAAAAUUGUGUCCGAAAUACUUAGUCAACAGAUUAAUGGUUUGCCAGUAACAACAAAAUCCCAAACAUUGUCAAAAGAUGUUACUGAACAGUUGAGUCAAUGUAACUCAAUGCAUGCUAUCGAAUUAGCAAAUUUACUUACAAGCCACGAAAUGGAAGGCCUAUUUUUAGCGCAUGACAAAAUUGCUGAGACAGCCAAUUUAGUUAUAUGUGAAAUUGAUUUGGAAAAACAGCAUCAAUUGCAACAACAUCAACAACAGCAACAACAACACCAACAAUUAGUUUUUAAUAAAAAUUUAAAAGAAGCUUUAAAUAAGCAACAAAAUCAAAAUUAUCCAAUAGUUCACUCAAUGCACUCAAAUUCGAUUUCGAAACCCUGCGUUAUUAAUAACAACAAUACCCAAUUGAAUUUGCAACAACAACCUGAACAAGGUCUAUGUCAAAGCGGAUUACAAGACCCAAAUAAACAAUACACCAACGACACAUCGCAAAAUUUAGUAAGAUUGAUACAUAUAGAGAAAUCAUCAGAACCUUUAGGAGCAACAGUUCGAAACGAAGGUGAUGCCGUUGUUAUCGCAAGAAUAGUUCGAGGUGGUGUUGCCGAAAAAUCUGGUCUUUUACAUGAAGGUGAUGAAAUUUUAGAGGUUAACAAUAUUAAAAUGCGUCGUAAAACUGUUAAUGAAGUAUGUAACUUACUUGGUGCUAUGACGGGAACAUUAACAUUUUUAAUUAUACCGGCGAGCUCAUCGUUGAAAGGUGGUGGUCGUGAAUCAACUAUUUUACAUGUAAGAGCACAUUUCGAUUAUGAUCCUGGAGAUGACUUAUACAUACCAUGUCGUGAAUUGGGUCUAAGUUUUCAAAAGGGUGAUGUUUUACAUGUUAUUUCACGUGACGAUCCAAAUUGGUGGCAAGCAUAUCGCGAAGGUGAAGAAGAUCAAAAUUUGGCUGGUUUGAUUCCGAGUCAAUCAUUUCAACAUCAACGUGAAACUAUGAAAUUAGCGAUAGCAGAGGAGGCAGCAAUGGCACGAUUAAAAGCCAAAGACAAUAAUAAAGGUAGUGGAAUGUUAUGCGCACGAAAAGGAAAAAAACGUAGAAGAAAAGGAACAGAAAGCGGCCAUUCGUUCCGAUCUGUUGCCACAUCUGAUGAAUCAGAUGAAGAAGAAAUUUUAACUUAUGAAGAAGUUGCUCUUUAUUAUCCUAACAGUUUAAAAAAACGUCCCAUCGUAUUAAUUGGCCCACCAAAUAUUGGAAGGCAUGAAUUAAGACAAAGAUUAAUGUCAGACUCAGAACGUUUUGCAGCAGCAAUCCCACACACAUCAAGAAUGCGUAGGGAUGGUGAAGUUCCUGGACAGGAUUAUCAUUUCAUAACAAAAGAACAAUUUGAAGCAGAUAUUUUAGCCCGUCGGUUCGUUGAGCAUGGAGAAUAUGAAAAAGCAUAUUAUGGUACAUCUUUGGAAGCGAUACGAAAAGUUAUCACUGAUGGUAAAAUAUGUGUUUUGAAUCUUCAUCCACAAAGUUUAAAACUACUGAGGGCUUCCGAUAUUAAACCGUAUGUAGUUUUUGUUGCACCACCAAGUUUAGAAAAAUUACGUCAAAAAACACUUGGAAUGGGUGAUUCUGGAAAAGAGGAAAAUUUAAAAGAUAUAAUAGCAACUGCUCGUGACAUGGAAGCUCGUUGGGGACAUUUAUUCGAUAUGAUUAUCAUAAAUAAUGAUACAGAAAAAGCCUAUCAUCAGUUAUUAGCUGAAAUAAAUUCAUUAGAACGUGAACCACAAUGGGUACCAGCUAUAUGGUUAGUUAACGAGAGAGCCGAUUUAUAACUCAUAAUUAUAUUUAUAUUAUUAUUAUUAUUUUUGAGAAAAUAUUUUAAAGGAAUAAUUAUUAAAAUAGCUAUGAUGAUGUAUAUCUGAUAUUUAAAUCUACUAUAUGAAUGAAAUAUAAUUAAAUUAUAAAUAAAAAAUAAAACUCAUAAAAUAUUUAAAUUUCAAAUGGUAAAAUCAAAUCAUGAACUCAAAAUACAACAAUGACGUAGGUAGUUGAAAACAAAAAAACAAAAAAAUAAAAAAACACUUUUAGCAAUAACUUAAUUUCUAUAUAGAAAAAGAGAAAAAUUAACUAAAUAAAAGAAAAACAAAGAGUAAAAAUACUGUUAUAUUGAUUUAGUUUUAAUUAAAAUUAAUUAAA